AUGUCCUGGGGAAAUGUCUUAACCCAACUUCAUCCUUUCGAACAUUUUAAUCUUUUCGAUAUUUCUCAGGUCACGGUUACAUUAAAUUUUCAGGAGUUAUUUUCUCAAUACUGGAAUAAUACACACCCACAUAUUCCAGAAUGUCUCAGUCGUCGCCAGUUCCUGGCUGACGAACCUGUUCCUGAUGACGUUCUAAUAUGCUUGGUAAAUACCGAUGACAUUAACGAUGAUCUAUUCCCACAAGAUCCAACUGAUAACUUUCCUAAUUGUAUAUGUCCAGAGACUGCUCGUCCUUACAAAGAUACACAUACUUUAUGGUCCAUACAAAAGGCUAUACAAUUAAUAUUUAAUCAGAUUUUAGAUAGGUCUUUAACUACAACUACGUGGUCCUGUGGAUUAGAUCCACACUUGCAUACUGGUCGCACUGCUGGUGAACAACAUAUUCGACAACAAUUAAUUUCUCACGCUAUAAAUGAUACUCUAGCGCCAACGAAAUUACUUUGUCAUCUUGAUAAAACAAACAUCCAUUGUCAACAAGUUAACAUUCCUGUUAAUUUACAAACGCUUCGUAAUGAUCCACCAGAUAAUAUACCAGUAUUUCUUGUCUUGUCAGACAGUCAUGGAAAAUAUCUACCUCCACUUACCAUUACAUCUACUUAUAAGAUUAUCGUAAAAUCUAUUUCUGGUCUUCAUUGGGUACAUCGCUAUAACAAAAACUUAUGUGCUCAAACUUUAAUUUUAUCAUCUGAUAUAUCAUCAAUUAUUUCUAUUUGUACUGGAAUCGUCUUGCUCAUUGGAACUAAUUCAGUACGUAAUUUACCAUCAUCACAAGCUAUUGAUGAUCUUACUGAUACUAUUCAUCUUAUUCGAUCAAAUUAUAAUCAUUUAAGACGUAAAAUUAAUAUUUCUAUUUGUUCGACAUUUCCUUGUCUAAAACCAUCUUCACAAUAUCCAUCAACUACUUCAUUAUUGUCAAACUUAAUUGAUUAUAAUACACGUUUAUAUAAUUUAUCAAAUCAAUUGAAUUUUUCUAUUGUCGAUUUACCUAUCAACAACUAUCAUAUUAGUCCUGAUGGUAUACAUCUUGACGUACAACAUCAAUCAUUGCUUUUUGAUUUCAUUCAACAACAUCUGAUUCAAUUAAUAAAUAAAAUUCAUCCACCUACCCAUAAUCAACGUUCACAUGAAGCAAAAGUUCGUCGCAAUCAUAAAAGACAUCAACGAUUAAAACAAAAACAAAAAUUAAAUGUUGUUAUUCGUUCAAUUGAUCCAGUUUGGCAAUUAAAAUAUAUUACAUCAUACCUAAAAGACAAAAAUAUUAAAUGCAAUCAUUUACCUCAAAUUCGGCAUCAUCAAAUCUUCAUUCAAUUUAAUAAUUCAACACGUAAACAAGAAGCUGAACAAAUUCUUGUUUCUGAUGUUUUCGACGAACAUCAUUAUUAUCAAUGGAUGGCACAACAACAUCAUUGA